CAUGUAUGAAGUAUAUGCUGCCAAGUAAUUAUCCAAUCAGUCCCAUCCAAAACCAUAUAUACUGUGAAGUACAACUUCUACUAAUUAAAUGCCUUUCUCAAUGGCUCUUCACACUCUUAGUUCGCUCCCUGUUAGCAAUUUCGCUAGACAAUAUUUCCCGUCUAAAACUCCCAUGAUCUCUCAUAUAACAACCAAAAAUGCAUACACAAGUGUUACCGUUAAUUCUCGUCCAGCCUCCGGUGCAUGGCCAGUACUGUUAAUGAAAUCUCUGACAGUCCCGUUACUACUCGCCGAGCUGCUAACUAUCAGCCUGCCUUGUGGAAGGACGACUACAUCUUGUCAUUGACUAGCGAAUAUGUGGGGGAGUCAUACACUAGACGAGCUGAUCAGUUGAAGGCAGAAGUUUGGAGAAUGUUUCACAAAGUGGUAGAUCCAUUAGAGAAACUUGAGCUGAUCGAUGUAUUACAAAAACUUGGAUUAUCGUAUCACUUUGAGGAUGAAGUAAAGAGGACAUUGGAAGCUAUAUACAACACAAUUCAUCAAGCUGGUGAUAUUUGCAAGAAGGAGAAUUUAUACGCCACUUCACUUGAAUUUAGGCUACUAAGACAGCAUGGAUAUAGUGUCCCUCAAGAAGGCGAAACUAUCUUGGAUGAAGCAAGAGCGUUUGCGUCAAAGCAACUCAAGGAGUACAUGGAGCAAAACAAAAGUCAAAAUCUUUCUACUUUUGUCGGCCAUGCGCUAGAGCUUCCAUUGCAUUGGAGGAUGCUAAUUAAGGUUGGAAGCAAGGUGGUUCAUUGAUACAUAUAGGAGGGAAGUAGGCAUGAACCCUGUCUUGUUAGAACUUGCAGAAUUGGAU